UUUUCUUUAACGUUCACCCUAACUUUGGACCUUCACUUUAAACACCACCACCACCACCACUACUACUACUACUACUCAUAAGACGCACUUUUUUUUAAAUCAUCCAGUAUGAGAGAAAUCAUUUCGGUACACGUUGGCCAGGCCGGUAUCCAAAUCGGUAAUGCUUGCUGGGAACUUUACUGUAUGGAGCACGGAAUUAGCCCUGACGGACGCAUUCCUGGCGAGCAGGUGCUCGGGGAUAACUCGUUCGAUACCUUUUUCAGUGAGACAAGCGCCGGCAAGCAUGUCCCUCGCACCGUGUUUGCGGAUUUGGAACCCACUGUCGUUGAUGAAGUCCGCACUGGCACUUACCGCCAACUCUUCCAUCCAGAGCAAUUGAUCACCGGCAAAGAAGAUGCCGCCAACAACUAUGCCCGUGGUCACUACACCGUCGGCAAGGAGCUCGUCGACACCGUACUUGACCGUGUGCGCAAGCUUGCCGACAACUGUAGCGGCUUGCAAGGUUUCUUGGUUUUCCACUCAUUCGGUGGCGGUACCGGCUCGGGUUUCGGCGCCCUGUUGAUGGAACGCUUGUCGGUCGAUUACGGCAAGAAAUCCAAGCUUGAAUUCAGUGUGUACCCUGCACCCCAAGUCUCGACCGCCGUCGUUGAGCCGUACAACUCCAUUCUGACCACGCACACCACCUUGGAACACUCGGACUGUGCCUUUAUGGUGGACAACGAGGCCAUUUACGACAUUUGCCGCCGUAACCUGGAUAUCGAGCGUCCCACCUACGCCAACUUGAACCGUUUGAUCGCCCAGGUCGUGUCAUCGAUCACUACAUCGUUGCGGUUUGCCGGCUCGCUCAAUGUCGACUUGAACGAGUUCCAGACCAACUUGGUGCCAUACCCUCGUAUUCAUUUCCCCUUGGUCACCUAUGCACCCAUCAUUUCGGCCGCCAAGGCUUACCACGAACAAAUGUCCGUCUCUGAGAUCACCACCUCGUGCUUUGAGCCCAACAACCAGAUGGUCAAGUGUGAUCCUCGCAAUGGCAAGUACAUGGCCUGUUGCUUGUUGUAUCGUGGCGAUGUCGUUCCCAAGGACGCCAAUGCUGCCAUUGCUUCCAUCAGAACCAAGCGCACCAUCCAGUUUGUCGACUGGUGCCCUACUGGUUUCAAGGUCGGUAUCAACCAUCAGCGCCCUAGUGUUGUCCCCGGUGGCGACGUGGCUGAGGUCCAGCGUGCGAUCUGUAUGUUGAGCAACACCACCGCCAUUGCUGAAGCCUGGGCUCGUUUGGACCACAAGUUUGACUUGAUGUAUGCCAAGCGUGCUUUCGUUCACUGGUACGUCGGUGAAGGUAUGGAGGAAGGUGAAUUCUCGGAAGCCCGUGAGGAUUUGGCUGCUCUUGAGAAGGAUUAUGAAGAAGUCGGCUCCGAUUCGUUGGGUGAUUCUGAAAUCGAGGAUGCUGAGGUCGAGUAUUAAAAAAAAAACAAGUGUGCUGUAUACCCCACCUUUUCUUUCAGUCAAAUCAACAUUUUUCUUCUUUUUGUCUAUGUUUGGCGAAUGUGAAAUAUAAAUUUUGCUAAAGAAAGCCAUCUUCAAUACUAUAUGUUUUAAGUAUAUGUUGUGAGUGUCAUCAGGAUAUUUGUAGUCCCUUCUUUAUAUGCAAGCAGACAACCGAAAGUUUUACAUCUAGCGUAGUUGUAGAUAUCAGUAAGAUAG